GUUCGCCUUAGUUUUCAGUUUUCAAUUACUCCAACUAGGAACAAUGUUAUUGUAAAAGGAAGGCCUUAUUGGACUGCAAUUAUCUAUGAUCCGGUGAAAAUGUUUCGUGAAGUUAUGCUGUGGUAUGAUGUGGAAAACGAGGUUUUUAGGCAUGUUCCUGUGCCGGAUUAUAAUAUGGAUUGCACUAAAGGGGGGAGAUUUGUGGAGUGGAAGGGUAGUCUUGCUAUACUUGUGUACUCUCCUACUAGAGAGAGGGAUGAUUUUGUUGAUGUUGUGGUUUAUGAUGAAGGCAAGGGACGUUGGGACACGAAAUCUUGCCAUGGUCCAAUUGGACUGAAAAUGGAGAGGCAUAUGCAAUGCUCUAAAGAUGGCGUGAUUUUGGCAGAGACUCCAGAAGGAACGCUGUUUUUGUAUGAUCCUGUGACUAAUGCGAUCAAGGAGUUCCGGAUUGCUGAAGCCAUGAAAACCUCCUAUGAGGCAUUUAGCUACACAGAGAGCUUGGUUUCUCUGAAGGGGAUGGAGAAGGUGAAGGAACAGGACAAAGAUAAGUUCUGUAUCAAGAUGGAAGAUUUGGUUAUCAACUAAAAAGCAUAGGACUGGAUAUCUCAACGGGAUGGAAUAAGUGAAAGGAAGCAGGGAAGAUUAGCAUUAAUCAUGAAAUUCCAUAUGGAUGGUUCUAGUCAAACAUGGGGUGCAUCGGACACAGUCUCUCUUUUUGUCUUAGUUGUUAUAGGUGUUUUCUGAUUGCGCUACUACUUUUGGAGUUGUGACCCUGUCACAUUUUGUUCAGCUUAGUCAGGGACUAUUAUGCAGUAGUUGUUCUAAUGCUUAACCAUGAUAAAACCUCGGUAGUUUUAUAUAAGCAGCUACUUACUACAUGCUACAUUUUGCUGUAA